AAGGAGAAGAUAAAUCUAAAUUUAUGACAGGGAGGGAAGGAGAGGGGAUAGGGCGGGAGAGGAGGAGUGAGCGAGGGAGAGUUGGAUGAGUAACAGCCAUGUGGCAGAUAGGACAGGUAGCAACAGGUAGGAGCACUGGCUAGCAGAGCGCUAGCUAUAGUGAGCAUGAGCAUGGUGUGAUCUGAGCUAGGCAGACUCUGCCUGGACUCACCUGGACCCGCCUGGACUAACCUGGACCUGGGGCUUUCCUGGACUCAGAUGACUGCACCUGCACUCACCUGAUCCCACACCUGGAGACACCUCAACUCGGACAAGCUCGGAAGUCAAAAAGGGGAUGUUCCGCCGGAGGAAGAAGAAGCGGGGGCUGGAGAUCUCGGCGCCGCUGGACUUCCAGCACCGCGUGCACACGUCGUACGACGCGGCGCGGGGCUGCUACGUGGGCCUGCCCCCCCAGUGGCAGAGCCUCAUCGAGAACCUGCGCAGACCCCUGCCUCUGGUGGACCCCUCCACCGUCACCCAGGUGGAGCUGGUGCCCAGGAAGACCAUAGUGCGGGGCAGCUUCAUCGGACACGAGGACUACAUCACCCAUGUGAUCGCCGAGAUGACCAAGCUGUCCGUCACCAGCUCCAACUCGCUGCGCCGGACCAGCCUGUUGGCACGGAAACGGGCCCAGUCGAUGGGCCGGCUGGGAGAGCUGGAGGAGGGGGACACCUACCAGUACCUGGAGCUCACCCAGGGGCAUGGGCCCAACCCGGCCAGUGCCACCUACUGGCAGGACCGCAUACGGCAGGUCCGCAGCGAGAGCGGCAGCCCCAAGCUGCAGGCCAAGACCGGCGUCUCUCUGCCCGCCAACGGCGUGCUUCCCCGGGCCAAGUCCUCCUACGAGAUCGACUUCCACCCGACGCCGGCCCCCAGCGAACCCCCGGCCCCCGCCGCCCCCGGGAUCAGAAGGACAGGCAGCCUCAUGGGCAACCACGCCCGUAACGAGAGUGCCGGACCGCCCGUCGGCCCCGACCCCAGCCCUGGGAACAAGAGGCCGGCGUCCGCCCACUACGGCGCGCAGACGCCAGAGACGGGUUCCAGGUUGAGCAGGAGGGUGAAGCCAGCGGGGAACCACCUCCCUGACCUGCUGUCCAGCGCCAAGGGCGGACCCCGCAGACCCCACUCCUCCUACGACCUCCACCCGGGCUCAGCGAGCUCGUCUCCACUCCCUCCGCCGAACGGCACCAGCAGCCCGAUCACCGGCCGCCUCGUGGCCCCCCACCCGUUGACCCCGCCCCCGAGGUACACCACCAGGUCUACCGCAGGAGGCCUCGCCCCAAUGCCGAGCCCCGCCCCCUCCGCACAGCCCCCGCCCGGGCCCAGCCCCGGGUCCACCAGGGUGACCCACCAGCAGUUCAAGGCGGCGCUCCAGAUGGUGGUGGGCCCCGGGGACCCCCGCACCUCGCUGGAGAACUUUGUGAGGAUCGGCGAGGGUUCGACGGGUGUGGUCUGCAUCGCACGCGAGCGCCACAGCGGGCGGCAGGUGGCCGUGAAGAUGAUGGACCUGAGGAAGCAGCAGCGCAGGGAGCUGCUCUUUAACGAGGUGGCGAUCAUGAGGGACUACCGGCACCAGAACGUGGUCCAGAUGUACCGGUCGGCCCUGGUGGAGGAGGAGCUCUGGGUCAUCAUGGAGUACCUCCAGGGCGGCGCCCUCACCAACGUGGUUAACGAGACCAGGCUGAACGAAGAGCAGAUAGCUACGGUGUGUGAGGCGGUCCUGCAGGCCUUGUCUUACCUCCACUCCGAGGGAGUUAUCCACCGUGACAUCAAGAGCGACUCCAUACUGCUAGCCUUGGACGGCAGGGUGAAGCUGUCAGACUUUGGCUUCUGCGCUCAGAUCAGCAAAGACAUAGCCAGGAGAAAGUCUCUUGUGGGGACGCCAUAUUGGAUGGCCCCAGAGGUGAUCUCCAAGACCCCCUACGGACCAGAGGUGGAUGUGUGGUCUCUAGGCAUCAUGGUGGUGGAGAUGGUGGAUGGUGAACCUCCGUAUUUCAGCGACACGCCAGUGGUGGCGAUGAAGAAAAUCAGAGAUGACCCCGCCCCCACCGUCAGGAACCCCCACAAGAUGUCUCCAGCUCUGAAGGACUUCCUGGGCUGCAUGCUGACCCGGAACACCGUCCAGAGGGCCACCUCCGCCCAGCUCCUCACCCACCCCUUCCUGCUCCAGGCCAGCUCCCCGCGCUGCCUGGUGCCCCUGGUGGAGCAGUACCGCAAGCGCAUGUCCCUCUGCUGAGCUAGCAGCAGAGGAGAUGACCACAUGUCAGCCAGAUACACGCUCAGCGGGAAUAAUCCACCGGAUGAAGACCCAGAAUAAUCUCGCUCCUCAGACCAGAGUUAUGGAUCCUAGAAAUGAUAAUCGGACUAUGUCUAGCUCGCCGUCGAGUAAAAACAGAACUAGUUACCGAUGGUGACGGAUGGACGUGACGUAAUCUGGGGAGGAGAAAAGUGUCUACAGAGUCUGUUGACCGGACUGCUCCACUGGUGAAUCUGAAUCUGUUGGCUGGCCUGACCUUAACCUCCAUCUCACACCCCGAUGUUACUUUACAUCUG